CCACAAUCGACACCACCCACACUCUUUUGCCGCCCGACAGUCAGGCCUCUCCCACUUCUUCCCUCAAUUGCACGACGAGUCCAUCAUCUGUCGAGGGCGUGCGCCUGGGUUUGAGACAUGAUGCUGGCCACGUCGGCAAUCCGCACAGCUCCAUUGAGGGCCGCUGCACGAACCGUUGUCCGCAGAACAACCACUCGUGCCGCCUCCUCUAGUUCUUCCGAAUCCGCCUCUUCUCCCUUCUACAUCACAGCAGGUGCCUCUGCAGCAACAGUAGCUGCCCUUGGCUCAGUCGCUUGGUAUUACCAUCUUUUCGGACAAGAUGUCUACGCCAUGACGCCGGCGGAAGAAGGUCUGCACCCGACGCAAUACCCGUGGGAGCACGCGAAAUGGAACAAAACCUUCGAUCACGCGGCUUUGCGAAGAGGUUUCCAAGUUUAUCGAGAAGUUUGCGCCGCCUGCCACUCGCUCAAGCGUAUCCCAUACCGGACUCUAGUUGGCACAUUCAUGACAGUCGAUGAAGCUAAAGCGCUGGCCGAAGAGAAUGAAUAUGAUACUGAACCCAAUGACGAGGGUGAGAUCGAGAAGCGACCUGGGAAAUUGUCAGAUUACCUUCCAUCACCAUACAAGAAUGACGAAGCCGCUCGUGCUGCCAACAACGGUGCUCUGCCCCCAGAUCUAUCGCUCAUGGUCAAGGCUCGACACGGUGGCUGCAACUACAUCUUCAGCUUGUUGACUGGUUAUCCCGAGGAGCCACCCGCCGGCGCCACUGUCCAGUCCGGCCUGAACUUCAACCCCUACUUCCCUGGUACUGGUAUUGCUAUGGCCCGUGUCCUCUACGACGGCCUCGUUGAGUACGAAGAUGGCACACCAGCCACCAGCUCACAAAUGGCUAAGGACGUGGUCGAAUUUUUGAACUGGACCGCUGAACCAGAAAUGGACGACCGAAAGAAGAUGGGUGUCAAGGUUAUGAUAAUAGGCACGGCUCUGCUCGCUUUGAGUGGGUGGCUUAAACGCUACAAGUGGUCUACGAUCAAGACGCGAAAGAUUGUGUACAAUCCGCCUGCGGCAGGCAGAAUCAGGCGUUAAAAAGACCAGGGGAAACGGAGGACCGUGGUUUUUGUUUUGCAAGGUGAUGAUCUCCAGUGUGUGGACGGAUGCGUCGCUGUUGUUUGUACCAACGAAGACAUACAAAUCCAUUGCAUUCGAAAGUAAAUAUGAUUUUGGCUCAAAA